CUUUGAAACCUGCAGGAGUAACGCAUCCAUGGAGCCGCCGAUCUUUUUCAGUGUUCAUCAGAAACCAGACUCAUGUGAACCUGGACCAGAACCUGAGCCUGGACCUGACUGUGUGUCCAUCAAAAGUGACGAGUCCAUGAAGCACCCGUUGUCCUUUGCUGUAAAGACCUUUGACACCUGCAGGAGUAACGCGUCCAUGGAGCCGCCGAUCUUUUUCAGGCCACACAACAAGCCCGAGUCUUCUCCGUCUCUCUGCACCUCCGUGAACGGGCCUGAAAGCGGCUACGCGUCAGCGAGGAGCAACAGCUCCAUGGAGCCACCGAUCUUUUUCAGGCAGUGCAAUAAAACCAGGUGUCUGUCGGAGGAGAGUGACCACAAACGUCCACGAGUCCACCAGGAGAGCUCAGACGUUCGCAGUGACCGGUCCGCCCAGGAGCACGACACACAUCUGGAGGCCGUGCUAAUGGCGCUGCAGGACAACAUGUUCGCUUUUGUGAAGGACGAGCUGAAGAAGUACCACAGGGUCCUGAGUCCAGAUUACCCAGAAUGCUUCGACAGUCUGGGGGAGCUCGAGGAGGUGUUGGACGGCGAGGCUGAGGAGCAGAGGAGCAGCAAGGAGGCGUUUCUGAAGAUCGCAAUGAGCUUCCUGAGGAAGAUGAAGCAGGACAAUCUGGCCGAGUGUCUGCAGAGAGGAUCUCGUGCUCCACUUUGUCAAAGCAAACUGAAAUCCAAGCUGACGAAGAAGUUCCAGUGUGUGUUCGAGGGCAUCGCCAAAGCAGGAAACCCGACGCUCCUGAGCCAGAUCUACACCGACCUCUACAUCACAGAGGGAGGCGGCGGAGAGGUCAAUGACGAGCAUGAGGUCAGACAGAUUGAAACAGCUUCCAGGAAACUCAGCAGAGAGGAAACCACCAUCAGACAAGAGGACAUCUUCAGAGCCUCACCUGGAAGAGACGAACCAAUCAGAACGGUGAUGACAAAGGGAGUGGCUGGCAUCGGGAAGACCGUCCUCACGCAGAAGUUCACUCUGGACUGGGCCGAAGACAAAGCCAACCGGGACGUAACGUUCAUGUUUCCGUUUACGUUCCGAGAGCUGAAUUUGCUGAGGGAGAAGAAGUACAGCUUGGUGGAGCUCGUCCACGACUUCUUCACCGAAACCAAAGAAGCAGGAAUCCGGCGGUUUGAAGAGUUCCAGGUCGUCUUCAUCUUCGACGGUCUGGACGAGUGUCGACUUCCUCUGGACUUCGGCAACACCGAGAUCCUGACCGACGUUACGGAGUCCAGCUCGGUGGACGUGCUGCUGACAAACCUCAUCAGGGGGAAACUGCUGCCCUCCGCUCGCCUCUGGAUAACCACACGACCUGCAGCAGCCAAUCAGAUCCCUCCUGAGUGCGUGGACCGGGUGACRGAGGUCAGRGGCUUCACUGACCCACAGAAGGAGGAGUACUUCAGGAAGAGGUUCAGAGAUGAAGAACAGGCCAACRCSAUCAUCUCUCACAUCCAGASRUCACGAAGCCUCCACAUCAUGUGCCACAUCCCAGUCUUCUGCUGGAUCACUGCUACAGUUCUGGAGGACGUGUUGAAGACCAGAGAGGGAGGAGAGCUGCCCAACACCCUGACGGAGAUGUACAUCCACUUCCUGGUGGUCCAGUCCAAACUGAAGAAGCUCAAGUACGACAGAGGAGCUGAGGCAGAUCCCCUCUGGAGUCCAGACAGCAGGAGGAUGAUCGAGUCUCUGGGAAAACUGGCGUUUGAGCAGCUGCGUAAAGGAAACCUGAUCUUCUACGAAUCCGACCUGACGGAGUGCGGCAUCGAUAUCAGAGCCGCCUCAGUUUACUCAGGAGUGUUCACACAGGUCUUUAAAGAGGAGCGAGGCCUGCACCAGGACAAGGUGUUCUGCUUCGUCCAUCUGAGCGUUCAGGAGUUUCUGGCUGCUCUUCACGUCCACCUGACCUUCAUCAACUCUGGAGUCAAUCUGAUGUCAGGCCAACAAACAACCUCCCUGACGUCUGACGCUGGAAAAACUGAAUCUGACAUGAACAACUUCUACCAGAGCGCUGCUGACGAGGCCUUACUGAGUCCAAACGGACACCUGGACCUGUUCCUCCGCUUCCUCCUGGGUCUUUCCCUGCAGACCAAUCAGAGUCUCCUACGAGGCGUGCUGACGCAGACAGGAAGCGGCUCGUGGACCAAACAGGAAACGGUCGAGUACAUCAAGAAAAAGAUCGAGGAGACGACCUCCGCAGAGCAAAGCAUCAACCUGUUCCACUGCCUAAACGAACUGAACGACCGCUCUCUGGUGGACGAGAUCCAGCGUCACCUGAGGUCAGGAAGUCUGUCCGCGGGUCGGCUGUCUCCCGCUCAGUGGUCCGCUCUGGCCUUUAUCUUACUGUCGUCAGCCAAAAACCUGGACGUGUUUGACCUGAAGAAAUACUCUGCGUCAGAGGAGCCUCUCGCUCGGCUGCUGCCGGUGAUCAAAGUCUCGCACAAAGCUCUACUGAGCGGCUGUAACCUGUCGGAGAGGAGCUGUGAAGCUCUGUCGUCCGUCCUCAGCUCCAAGACCUGCAGACUGAGAGAUCUGGACCUGAGCAACAACGACCUGCAGGACUCAGGACUGGAGCUGCUGUCCGUCGGACUGAAGAGUCCACACUGUCCUCUGGAAUUUCUCAGACUGAGCGGCUGUAACCUGUCGGAGAGGAGCUGUGAAGCUCUGUCGUCCGUCCUCAGCUCACAGUCCUGCAGCCUGAGAGAUCUGGACCUGAGCAACAACAACCUGCAGGACUCAGGACUGGAGCUGCUGAAGAGUCCACACUGCUCUCUGGAAAUUCUCAGGGUGGAGCCUGAUGGCGUCCGAUGGUUCAGAACUGGUCUGAAGAAGUAUUUCUGUGAACUCACAUUCGACCCAGACUCAAUGAACAAAAACCUCCAACUGUCCAACGACGACAGGACGGUGACGUACGAGGACGAGAUCCAGAAGUAUCCCGACCAUCCGGACAGGUUUGACGAGCGCCCUCAGCUGCUGUGCAGAAACGGUCUGAGUGGGCGCUGCUACUGGGAGGUCGACUGGAACGGGGUACUCAACAUAUCAGUGAGUUACAGAGGAAUCUCACGGAGAGGAGACAACGAAAUCGGUUGCUGGUUUGGAAGGAACGCUCAGUCCUGGGGUCUCUACUGCGCUGAUGCUCACGGUUUCUCCAUCACGCACAACGAACAGCCGAUCUGCUCCCACGGUCAUUUCAUCGCUUAUCACAAUAACGACCCAACCAUUUGCUCCACCGUCUCCGCCAAAGACUCCAACAGAGCAGCAGUGUACGUGGACGUUCCUGCCGGCACGCUGUCUUUCUUUGUCGUCUCCGGGGACACGCUGGUCCACCUGCACACCUUCAACACCACAUUCACCGACACUCUUUAUCCUGGGUUUGGGUUCUGGGAGUACAGCGGCUCCUCGGUCUCUCUGACUGCAGAGUAGCACGCACGUUUUCACAUUAACCCUCGAGUCGCAGGUCACGCCUGGGAGAACACGUGUUUCAAGACACGGUGGCAUUAAGCAAAGUUUGAAGUAAAACCAGCUGCUCUUUUCAAAUGAGUUUGAAAUGUUACGAAUCUUUAAAAACUGUUUAUAUCUUCAUUUUACUGUCACACAGAAACAUGCAGCUUUGUUUGAUAUCAGUUCAUUUCUGUCUGUUACUCACAUUCAAUGUUAAAAGCAUUUAAGAUACUUACAACCUUUACCACUGCUACAGCAUAAAGUGUAUUUUGUAUUUU